GUUUUACUUAAUUCAGAUGUAUUGAGUGUCAGGGAAAGCAAAGAUGAAUUUAAUAGUUUAGUUACUUUGACAUAAAUAGGAAAACUUUCUACUAGUUGCUAAGUCAGUAAUUAGAAGACAUAAGUUUAAUGUCAUUCAGAAAACAGGAAGAAGUUAAAAGGUGAAUACACUUAUUUUAAUACUUAAGACAGUUGGGGUGAAACUGGCAAAUAGAUCCCAUAACUACUUUAAGAAGGUAAAUGGGCAAGUAUUACUUGAAAAUGAAUUUAAAAGUUUGGGCUGUACUGAGCAUUGGAAAGAGGAGGACACGUUGAGUCUGUUCCUGCCUUCAGUUGGACCCUUACUGUGUACCUUAAUUCCACAUACUUGCCUUGGUUCUGUGUCCCUUAAUUUCCAAAGAGUUUGAAUCAUUCUAAGUUGAGGGUUAAAUUUUCAGGGAUUGUAAAAUGAAAUGAGAAUCUCAGGUGUAUGAAGGCAAGCUAAAAGUGUGUGAGUGAUGCUGUGAGCAAGAUAGAACUGGCCUAGGGUGAAUGCCUGUGAAGACUACAGGAAAGAAGCAGUUAAUGUAAGACCCCAGGGCAAUGAUAUAUGGGGAUUGUAAUAUAUAUGUUGUAAUGUUUUGUAUGAAUAUUGGAAGUUUCUACAAUCGAUCAGUGGAAUUCUACAGUUUGGUGAUAAGACUGGCUGUCCUGUGUAUGCAUAAAAUAAGUGAUUGUUACUUGUUUACUGAAGUCCUCUUUGAGGUUGUCUGAGAACAAUAUUGCUUGAAACUGAAUUUUUUUAAAACUGCAUUUUCAGUUAACCAGAGCUUAACAAUGUGGGCGUCAUCUGAAUUGGUUCAUGCUUAUGGAAGAGCGCUACAGUGAUUUACCAUUGCCUUCCGGAGGGUGGCUGACCAGGGAAAUUUCCUGUUCUUACCACUUACCUUAAUGGCGUAAUGGAAAGACUUGCAGCCUUAUCAACCUGUUUGGUAAAGUUGUAAAUGAACAUUGUGGUAGAGAAGUCCAAGUAUGGCCUUGAACCCAGUGUCAUCCAUUCCAUCAUAAGACUUCCUUAAUCUUCUAUACGUAAGGGAAUAAAAGCCUAAGGUAUCCAAUAUGCCCUCUUAAUAUUACCCAUUUAACUCUGGGUAUCAUUACCAGAAUGACUUUGCAGAAUGCUGGCACAGGUAUGAGCUGAAGAUGUGUCCUUUCCUUAUGUGUGAGAUGCCCUACAGCACAUACUGAAAGAAGAUGACCAGGUUGUAUUAACUGUUGUAUACAGUGAAGGGUUAAAUGGCUUAUGUGUGGCUUGUUUAUUUGUUGAAGGUGGCAAGUUUGGUGGAGUGAAGAAAUAGGGAAUCACUAAUAAAUCUCGUUGGUUCCUUUUUUUCCUCCCCCUUCAGCCAGCUACUGAACAGGUGAUGGGCUUCAGUGAUAGCUGCUCCCCGGGAUUUCACUCGCAGCUGUUUCUCAAUAUUAUUUGAGACAGCAAAUACUGGCAGCUUGUUCACUUGUCCUUUGGACAAAUGCAGUACUUCCCAGCAAAUUCAUGAGCCACGUGGUCUCGCAGUUUUCUUCCAGCUUUGUUUUUUACUGGAAAGAUUACUUUAAAGAUCAGGCCCUCUUAUUUCCACCUGGAUUUGAUGGAAGAGUCAUUCUUUAUCCAAGCAACCAGAACCUGCGAGACUACCUAAGCUGGAGGCAGGCAGACUGUCAUAUUAACAACCUCUACAACACAACGUUUUGGGCAUUAGUGCAGCAAGGUGGUUUGACUAACAGCGAAGCUGAAGAAAAACUAAAGGGUAGUCUUGCAGGAGAAAAAAACGACAUUUUAUUUCUGGAGUUUAAUAUCAACUACAAUAAAGAACCAGAAAUGUAUAGAAAAGGAACAGUGUUGAUAUGGCAUAAGGUUGACGAAUCUGUUGAUAAAAAGGUUAUAACUCCGGAUGCACCAGAGGGAAAAAACGUUGUGGUUAAAAGGAUUCGCAAAAAAGUUCUUCCAUUUCAUGUGGACAUCAUUGGUGAUAAGUUCUGGGAGGAGCACUCGGAGAUUCUUGCUGAUGACAGUUAAGCAAAGAUUUCUCCUUAACACUAUCCUGAUGGUACUGACAUUGGGAAUUCAGAUCAACAAGCACUGUGGUUCUCAUGAUUCCUUGUUUAGCCAAUUGUUUUGGACUUUGACAUGCAGAGAAUGAUGAAAUUAUGCUACGUAAUGCCUGAGUCACUUCCAAGCUACUCAUCUAUCUUUUCAGUGGGGUUCACAGGAUUGCAAGGAGGGGCAAGAUCCUUUGAUUUUCUUCUCUUUCGUUCCCUUCCUCAUCAGAAUGCUGAACCCAGGAAUCAUCAUACUGCUGCUGGCCAAACUAAUAUGGAUGAGAUUGCAAAAUUUAAGUUGGGGCCUUGAUCCCAUUUAAAAUUGAAUGAUAUUUUUUAAUGUUUUAAUGUCAGAUGUGCUUUUGACAAAUGCCUUUGACUGAAGAAAUGUAAUAUUAUGACUAAUUCAAGUUAAUUCUCUUUAUUAAAUCUUGGCAAUGUUUUAAAUUUC